CCGGUGCGGUUGUCUCUGUCAACAAGGGAGCUGACUGAAGUGAGCGGCGGGCGGUGAGAGUCGUCGCGCUUCGGCGGAGAGGAGAGGAGAGGAGAGCAGAGCAGGUGCCACCAUGCCUGGCUCCCUGCUGUGGGUCAUUGACAUCUAUGGGAGAGUUUACACUCUUUCCACAGCUGGGCAGACAUGGGAGCUCUGCAGAGAUGGCCGGCUGGAGUUCAAACGAGUCACAGCAACUGAACAGUGCUGCUGGGGGAUUGCCUCAGACCACCAGGUGUAUGUCUAUGUGCAUUCCAGUGAAGUACCCAUCCGCUACCAGGAGGAGACCUUUGAGAACCAGCGGUGGAAUCCUGUGGAUGGCUUCUGUGACAGACUGCUUCCCAGUGACCGCUGGCAGUGGAGCGACAUCACCGGGCUAGUGCACCAGCCUUUAGAUAGCUUCCACUUGCCAUCAGAGCACUGGGAGUGGGAAGCCGACUGGUAUGUAGAUGAGAACAUUGAUGGAGAUCCUACAGAAAAAGGGGGCUGGACAUAUGCAAUUGACUUUCCUGCUUCCUACACAAAAGACAAGAAGUGGAACUCUUGUGUUCGCCGUCGAAGAUGGAUUCGGUAUCGGAGGUACAAAUCUCGGGACACAUGGGCCAAGGUUCCAUCCCAGAAUGCUGGGCCUCUUCCUGACCCUUUCAGUGACCUCAGUGUCGGCGGGUGGGACAUUACAGAGGAGCCUAUGGGCCGCCUUUCACUUUGGGCUGUGUCCUUACAAGGGAAGGUCUGGUACAGAGAAGGAAUUUGUCAUCAUAAUCCAGAGGGUUCCUCCUGGGAAGAGGUGUCCACCCCUGGGGAGGUGGUGCAAAUCAGCUGUGGGCCAAGUGACCUUGUCUGGGCAGUGAUGUGGGAGGGCCAAUUGCUGGUACGUGAGGGCAUCAGCAGAGAGAACCCCAAAGGCUCAUCUUGGGUAGUGGUAGAAUCUCCAAGCUCUGAAGUUGGGGCAGUCCAUGUCUCAGUGGGAGUGAGUGUUGUGUGGGCAGUGACAAAGGACCGGAAGGUAUGGUUUCGACGAGGCAUCAACUCCCAUAAUCCCUGUGGGACAGGCUGGAUUGGGAUGGUUGGAGAGAUGGUGAUGCUAAGUGUGGGGGUAAAUGAUCAGGUUUGGGGAAUCAGCUGUGACGACAGAGCCAUCUGCUUUCGUCAGGGCGUUACGUCAAAUGAGCUAAGUGGCAAAACCUGGAGGGUGAUCACUGCAGCUCGAGAUGACCGUUCUCAGGCCAGCAGUGCCAACAGCCUAGCAAGUGCUGGCUGCUUUUUUAGUGGCGAAGUUCAAGUCCCAACAGAAACAUCCAUCAUGAGCGACACAGGGUCAUCUUCUGAAGCCGAAGCACAACAGGACACUGAUGGAGAGACAGCGAAGAUCAGAAUCCCCAAAGUGACCAGCGACAGCUUUAUAUCUGACCUGGUUUCAGACAAGGAGACCAAACUGAACAGGAGGAUGCUUGAUGGCACCAUUCCUGAGGAGGGACCGCCAUCAGAACAGGAUUCCAGCAAAGCAGCAGGCGAGACACCUACCAAUGCUGCUUGUCGGACAUCUCGAGGGCCUCAAUGGAGCAAUGUAGAUUUGGAGGAAGCCCAAGUAGGUUCUGAUGCUACCGACUCCUCCAGCCUCUCCUCUGUGGCCACCUACAACUUUGGCUUAGAGGAUCAAUAUGGGGUGGAUGAGCACCCCCUCUGGGCCUGGGUAUGUGGAGGAGGCUGUGUUGUGGAUGCACAUAUGCCACUGAACUGGUUCAAUUCCACCUCAGCUUUGGCCACAUCACUGCAGUCCAUGUCUCUGUCUAUAACCCCAGCUCAGACAGCCGUUUGGAGGAAACAGAUCUUUGAGCAGCUAAGUGAGAGAACAAAGAGAGAAGUGGACAGUUUCCGACACUACGAGCAGGCAGUAGAGCAGUCUGUGUGGGUGAAGAAAGGGAACAUGCAGUGGUGGAGAGACUGGAAACCAAACAAAUGGAUUGAUGUGCAGUUUGCCCUGGAACAGUUCUCUGGCGCGGAGGGCAAUCGGGAUGGCAUCCUCUUCAUCUACUAUAUGUUUAAUGAUGAGAAAAAGUAUCUCCAUGCUUUUAUCAACGAGGUGACCAUCCUUGUACCUGUGGUUAGUGAUACCAAGCACACAUUUGCUAUUUACACCCCAGAAAGAACAAAGCAGAGGUGGCCUAUCCGACUGGCUGCUACAACCGAACAGGAAAUGUACGACUGGCUGACCCUUCUCAGUCUGUCCUGCAACGAGUCACGAGGAAUCCAAGGGGCUCCAUCAAAGCAUGCCAUUUGGUCCACAACCUGCAAAGGCGACAUUUUUGUCAGCGAGCCCAUCCCCAGUUUGGAGGCUUCACCAUACCCCUUGCCCUGUGAUCAAAUGUACUGGCAACAGAUCGGUGGGCACCUGCAUCUGGUAGAGUGUGGCGGUCCAGGAAUUGUCUGGGGCAUUGGGUAUAACCACACAGCCUGGGUGUACUCAGGCGGCUACGGGGGAGGCUUCUUUCAGGGCCUCUCCAGCAGCAACGUCCACCCCCAGACAGAUGUCAAAAAUGUUUACAUCUAUGAGAACCAGCGCUGGAACCCCGUGACGGGCUACAGUAGCAGGGGCCUGCCGACUGACCGCUUUAUGUGGAGUGACAUUUCUGGCUUGCAGGAGUGCACCAAGACAAACACUAAACCUCCGUCUCCCCUGUGGACCUGGGUGUCUGACUGGAGCAUCGACUACAACUCUCCCGGUGGAACAGACCGAGAAGGCUGGCAGUACGCUACUGAUUUCCCCGCGACAUACCACGGACACAAGACGAUAAAAGAUUUCGUGAGGCGCCGGCGAUGGGCAAGGAAGAGUAAGAUUUCUACAACUGGCCCGUGGCUUGAGGUCCCCCCCAUUGCGCUGUGGGACAUUACCAUUCAGCCCUGCUCGUCCGCCCGGAGUCCUGAUGAGCACGUGUCUGUAUGGGGCAUCAGCAACAAAGGUGACGUCCUGUGUCGGCUUGGCGUCACACAGCAGACCCCGGCGGGCACUUCCUGGCUUCACGUGGGCACUGAUCAGCCCUUCAAGUCCAUCUCAUUAGGCAGCUGCAAUCAGCUGUGGGCAGUGGCGAGGGACGGCUCAGCUUUCUAUCGGGGCUCAGUGUCCCCUCAGAGUCCCGCAGGAGACUGCUGGUACCACAUACCCUCUCCUGACCGACAGAAACUGCUGCAGGUCUCCGUAGGGAGGACAUCUGUCUAUGCUGUGGAUGAGAACGGUAACUUGUGGUACCGCCAUGGCCUUACACCCAGUUACCCGCAGGGAUCCAGCUGGGAGCAUAUCUCCAACAACGUGCGUAAAGUGUCCGUGGGUCCACUCGAUCAGGUCUGGAUCAUUGCUGACAAAGUUCAAGGGAGUCACAGCCUGAGCUGUGGCACAGUGUGCCACCGGGUUGGUGUGCAGCCCAUGGACCCUAAAGGACAAUCGUGGGACUAUGGAAUUGGAGGCGGAUGGGACCACAUCAGCGUGCGAGCGAACAGUCAGGAAGCCCCGCGCAUCAGCCUGCCGCUCCCCUCGGACAAGUCGAAUGACACCCGUGGUGAGGCACCAGCAAUCAAUGGGCGUGUUGUGGGCUGCUAAGGAGCCGACCUUCAAACCCCCCACCCCAACACACACUCUCCUCAUGUCCUCCAUGUCUCAGCUUCAGUCUAUCUUGUCAUCGCCUUCAUUUCAAAUAACCAGCCUAAAAUGAGGCCCCCCGUCCUGUACACUGCAGCCUCUUGUUUCUCCAUGUAGCUGUAACUGACCAAGAUGCCACGCAGCCGAUGGCCGUACCCAGAAGGCACCGCUUUGUGAGUCUCCCGUGGAGUUUUCAUGCUACACAUCAUGACUCUCUUUCUGGCUGCUGUCGUAAUUAGGGGCUGCAAUUGGAAAAAUGGAGUUACAGGGUGGCAAAGGGGUGGGAUGUUUGAGGAAAGAUGAUGCCCAUCUGUUGAGGGCAUCGUCGGCUGCUGAGGGUCACCACGGUGGGGGGGGCUGCUGAAUGUUCUUUCUAGGGUGUGGCUGCCUACAGGGUGGUGUACUCUUAAUAGCCUGGCACCCUUGAGGCUGUGCGGUGUGCAUGGGUGGUGCUGCCUAUAGGUGGUGCUGUUAGCCCACUGGGAGCGAUGCCCAUAAAAGCUUGAUCACCUAGGGUAGGGUGGGUGUCCUGCCCAUAAUAGCUUAGUCUCAUUCAGGGGGUACUGUUAGCCCCUGCAUAUAAAGAGCUAUGCCCAUCAAAAUCUUCAUCAUGUGUACUAGCUGAUCUUUGUGGGGUGGGUGCCCUUAAUUACUGGUUGCUUUGAGGGGAUGUUGUUAGUCAUUGUGUGUAAGGAGCUAUGCCCAUGAUAGUGUGCCUAAUCACACUAGUUGAUCUUUGUGUGGUGGGCACUAUGCCCAUAAUAGCGAGUUCAUCUCAUGAGGGUACAGUUAGCUGCUAAGUGUCUGACAGUUCUCUGUAGGAUGUAAAUCUCCUAAAAAUGUAACGACCACAGGGGGGCGCUGUGUGUAAAGAGCCAGGCCCUUAAAGGUCUAAUCACAUUAGGUGGUCCUUGUAUGGUGGGGGCUGUACUUUGUGAAACUUGGUUUCCUCUGGGGGGCACUGUUAGCCCCUGCGUGUAAAGAGUGAUCCCCUUAUUAGUUGAUUGUGGCGGGCACUGUGCCCAUGAUAGCCUGGUCAUCAUGUGAGGCUACUACAGUACCUAUAGGGUGCAAAUGUCACAAGAGUGGUGUUGCUUCAAGGGGGCACUCUUACCACUGUGGGGAAAAAAAGGCUAUGCCAAGAAAAGUCUGAUGAUAGUCAUAGGGUGGGCACCGUGCCCAGUCAUCUCAAGGGGGCGCUGUUGGCCAUUCAGUGUAAGGUAAUUGCAGGGUUCUGGUGGUUACUGUUUAGGGUUUGUGUAGUUAGCACCGGGCACUUUUCAGUUAGUGUGCCUAAAGAGCCAUGCCACUUUAACUGAUCUUUGAAGGGAGGGCAUUGCACCCUUAAAUUGUUAACCACUAUAUGUAACGGACUACUCAGCCUAAUCACAUGCACUAGGUGGUCUUUGUAGGGUGGGCAUUGAACUCCUAGUUGUCGGUCACCUCAGGGGGUGCUCUUGUGCAGCGUGUAAAGAGCUUUGCCCAUAAACGCCUAAUCACGUGUAACUAGCUGGUCAUUGUAGGGUGGGCACCGAGCCCUUAAUAGCCAGUCACCUCAAGAGGGCGCUAUUAGCCACUAUUGUCCUUCGGGUUUAUGUCGCACAGCAGUGGCGUCACCAUAGGGGGGCGCUGUGGCCAUACAAGUCUGAUUACUUUAAAUGAGGCCUGUAGGGUGGUGGGCACUGCGAUCUUCAUGUUGGUAUUGGCCUUUUGCCUUUAGAGGUUGCUGUUAGCUACUUUUUCUAGCACAAUGGCAAUGCCCUCUUUGACUGCGCAUCUUGUGCCCUCCAGCGUGGACCUUUUUAGCUGCUUCAAUCAAAAUGGUGCAUGCAAGGGCCUGGUCACCUCUGGAGCCCCGUGCUGAUAAGAAAGAGCCUGGCAUCUGUUAAGUGACAGGGUAGCACAACGCCACUGCCGUCGGCCCAGACCCUUAGGUUACAGAAAAUGGCACAAUCAGAUGGUGCCCGUGUGGUGUGUUAGGUGCACUGGACACUGACGGCGAAGUGUGCGCAGCUGUGUGUGGCACUAGUGCCGAGUGACACUUUUGAUUUUAGUCAUAAUGGCUCUUGGUAUUUCCGUUUGUUGAGAUUCUGUGGCACCUGUGCCAGCAGGAUGAACUGGCAUGGAAACUCCCUUCUCAAUAAAUGUUUUACUGCUGUUUGACUUGA